UGCCAAUAAACGGGUGUAUUUAUAAAUGAGGAAAACAUUAAUGUUGUAUGGAAUAGUAAUUAUUACAAAACGUGACCUAAUUAGUAUUGCUAGAUGGUUAGAUUUUCAAGUUACCUUAUUUUAUAUAUGUAAAUGCUUAGAAUGAAAGACACACAUAUUGAGGGGUUUGCUGACCCCGAAGAAAUAAAUGAUAAUGAGGAAGAGAAUGAAAUUACUAAUAUCAAAAAGAAAGUAUGUAAAAAGUCAGGAGGUUUUCAAUCGAUGGCUCUGAGCUACCCUGUAUUAAAGGGUAUUCUAAAGAGAGGAUACAAAAUACCAACACCUAUACAACGAAAAACAAUUCCUUUAGCAUUAGAAGGACGUGAUGUGGUUGCAAUGGCCAGAACUGGUAGUGGGAAAACUGCUUGCUUUUUAAUUCCCUUAUUUGAAAAACUAAAAGCCAGGCAAGCAAAAACUGGUGCAAGGGCUUUAAUUUUAUCACCUACUAGAGAAUUGGCAUUGCAAACAUUAAAAUUCAUAAAAGAGUUAGGGAGAUUCACAGGCUUACAAGCAGCUGUAAUUCUAGGAGGUGAUAGUAUGGAAAAUCAAUUCAGUACAAUUCAUGGAAAUCCUGAUAUAUUAGUGGCAACACCAGGCAGAUUUCUACACUUAUGUGUUGAAAUGGAUUUACAGUUAAAUAGCAUUGAAUAUGUAGUUUUUGAUGAAGCUGAUAGAUUAUUUGAGAUGGGUUUUGGUGAACAGAUUAAUGAAAUUACAAAUAGAUUACCAGAAUGUAGACAAACAUUAUUAUUUUCUGCAACAUUACCCAAAGUCUUAGUAGACUUUGCAAAAGCUGGUUUAACUGAUCCCGUUUUAUUACGUUUGGAUGUAGACAGUAAAAUACCUGAAGAAUUAACACUUUCAUUUAUAGUGUGUCGACCUGAAGAGAAACUUGCAGUACUGUUAUGUUUAUUAAAAAAUAUUAUUAAAGAUGAUUCUCAGACAGUAAUAUUUGCUGCAACAAUGCAUCAUGUUGAAUAUGUUCAUAUGGUAUUAGAUAAAGCAGGAAUUUCUAACACGUUUAUUUAUUCUAAUUUGGAUCCAUCAGCUCGAAAGAUAAAUGCGGCUAAAUUUCAAACUGGUAAAGUUAAAGUAUUGGUAGUAACAGAUGUUGCUGCCAGAGGCUUGGAUAUUCCCCAUUUAGACAAUGUAAUCAAUUUUAAUUUUCCUGCUAAGUCGAAGCUCUUUGUACAUAGAGUAGGACGUUGUGCACGAGCUGGUCGUACUGGAACCGCUUACAAUAUCAUAGGUCCAGACGAAUAUGCGUAUCUCGUAGAUUUGCAUCUUUUCCUUAGUCGUCCAUUAUGCGUUAUUCCGCCUUCUGGAUCUGUUAAAAAUACCGAUGGAGCUAUCGGUAAGAUGCCGCAAUCAAUGAUAGAAGAAGAACUUGCUGAAUUGAUAAAUUGGCACAAUUCUUCUACAGAUCUUACAAAUAUGGAGAACGUCUGUGAGAACGCAUACAAACAGUACAUUCGAUCGCGACCAGCAGCUUCGUCAGAAAGUAUUAAAAGAGUGAAAGAAUUGCAUAUUAAUCAAGCAGGCGUUAUACCAGAAUAUUCCGAUGUUUCUUCUAAUACUAUGAAUUUACUGUCGAAAAUAGUAAAUUAUAGACCACAAGGAACGAUAUUUGAAAUUGGAGCUAAAGCAUCCUCUACAGAUUAUCAAGUCAUGAAGACAAAACGCACGCUGCAUAAACAAAAUAUUCAAAAUUUUUAUAGAAAAGCAGAAGAAUUGACAUCUAAGAAAAAUUCAGAAGAUUUACUUAAGAAAGUAAAUCUUCCCUCAAGUACAGCGGAUGAGAUUCACGCAACAUUUAAUACAAUUGUUCUUCCAAAGAAAAGAAAUCCUGAUAAUUUGUAUAAACCUCCUAAAAAGAAAAAGCGAACCGUAACGCGCGAUGAAGAGUUUUAUAUUCCAUAUUCUGCUCCAGAUAAACAUACAGAAGAAGGUUUAGCUGUUAAUUCUUUCAAUACGGAAGCAGAAAAAGUACAAAUGGAUUUAACUGCGGAUAACGAAGAAUCUCAACGUCUUCAUGCACAGCUCAAAAAAUGGGAUCGCAAGAAAAAGAAAAUGGUUACCAUUAAUAACGAUACGAAGGCUAAAAAAAUACGUACAGAGUCUGGAGUUUGGAUACCUGCUAGUUACAAAUCAAAUCGCUAUUCAGCUUGGAAAGAAAAAAGCAAAGCCGACGCUGCAAGUGAUGAUGACAGUGAAGAAGAAACUCCACAAAUGAGGAAAUUGAAAACAACAUUUAAUACACAUUGGGCCCGGCAUAAUCAGAAAACAAAGGAAAAACUUAAAGGAAAUAAAGAAUUAAAGAGACCAGAGCAAAUUCUAAAAGCACGGAAAUUACUGGAACAGAAGCGCAAAAGAAAUGACAGAAAAGGUCGCAAGGGUCAAAAGAAGGGUGGAAAGAAACGUUAAAUUAUUUUUAAUUAUAUAAAAAUUGUUAAUAUUAAAUGGUUUAUACUAAAAACAAUAAAUAUUUGUCAUGUUUUCUUGAUAAUUAUUACAAAAUUAAGUUGAACGAAAAGUAUUAUCACAAUGGAUUAUUAUCGUGAAAUGAUCGUGUAAAGUAUUAUACAAUUUACGGAGAUUUCGAUCGCAUCAUUGCAAUUCUCUUGCGUAAUUGUUGGGUUCUACGUCAGAAGCUUAUUACGUGAAGUUGAUAGGUGAUUUUCUGUAAAAUGACGGAAGCCUCUGAAAGUUGCACGAACCGCGGAGAACAGAAAUUCUCCAAGAGUUUCAUAUUACGUUUAUAGAAGAAACAAUAAAACUGUAGAAUAUUAA